AUUCUGGAAUUUCUGGAACAGUGGUGAAAAAUGGCCGGUCUCAGGCAGUUGGGUCGUUGUGCUUUAAAUGUGAAUAGAUGCCUUCUAAAAACAAAUACAUGUUUACCGAUAGCUACAAAAGUAUCACAAAAAUUCAUUCAUUACCGAUUGAAUGAACCCACACUACUAACAUCAUCCAUUCAGCACCCGUUCUAUGACCUGGGAAGAUGUGUGAGCACAACUAUCACAUCCGGUCAAACCCUCACCAAAGCCGAAGUUGAAGACAGGGUGAUGAAAGUGUGCAGAGCAUUUGACAAAGUUACUGCUGACAAGCUCACUGCCGACUCGCAUUUCAUUAAUGACUUAGGAUUAGACUCACUUGAUCACGUAGAGAUUAUAAUGGCCAUGGAAGAUGAGUUUGGUAAGAUUAUUUUUUAUUCAUUUUCCACUCAAUCAAAAAUUUCUGGAUAUAAAUAA